GCAGCAGGUGGCGUCCGCCCGCAGUCUGCUCGGGACGUGGGAGCUACGGACGCGCGGCUCCUACCCGACUGCCAUGCGCGCGCGCGAGACCAGAGCCGCGAGCGAGGAGCCGCACCGCACGCUUUCUCUGCCGUCUCACAGCGCGGACGCUGAAGCUGAUUAGCGCUGCACUCACACCCACGGGUCUCACGCCGGCCGCAGAAAAGCACGCGGAGCGAGGCUGUGCUCCGGGCUGCUCUCAGGUACUACCGCAAGGGAACUUCACUCGUAACUCAGGGGUUGCAGGAUCAAAUCCCGAAUUCCGGGGGCACGGCUCUGCUUAACCUGAAAGACUUUGGUUUGGUAUCCCGGCGUAUCAAGAGAACUUGAGCAGAUCAACACUCUCCAGGAUGUAAGCACCGAUGUGUCAAAGAGAAGAGAAAGGAAAAGAGAAGACUACACCAACUUAUCCUCAGGCGGUUCACUGCAACGUGCUAACUACUGGUGGGCCUCAAGAAUAUAAUAGUUUGUCUUCUGUAUUUUUCAUCGGUCUUGUGGAAGAUACCAGAAGAUACCAAGCAUCUGAUGAUGUCUGUGGGUUGCAGACUUCAGGCAGUCAUUGAUUGCAAAGGAUUUGCAACCAAGGACUAAACACGACUUUUUUUCAGUUUAUGUUAAUUUAUCUUAUUAAUGUUUCUCCCCUAAAAUGGGCAGACUAUACCAAAAAAAAAACAUGUUCAUUGUUUCUUUUACAAUCCAAUGUGUUGGAAUACAGAGCCAAAACAACAAAAAUGGCGUCCCUGUCCCAAUGCUUUUGCAUUCAUGUACAUACUGUUUACUUGCAACGUCGUUUUUUUCUUCUUCUUUUAAUCAUUGAUGUGAGUCAGGUGAAAAUCAGUUGAUACUACAAAAGUGGCCCCUCUCUGCGCUACGUGCUGUAACAUUGUUUUUGUUUCGUUUACAAAACUGUGUUUAACGGAAAUGUGAUUUUAACCAACAAUCUCUAUGUGCUGCUCAACAAAUAUUUUUAUAACAAAAAAAAAACAAAAAGUUAAAUUCCCAGAGAAAUAAUAUGAAACUAUUAAAAUCUAUCUUUGUUAUACAAAUGUAACACUCAUGCGUAUUCUUCUCAUAAAUAGCUACGUUGUCAUUUCCAAAUCCUGGUCGUACAUUUUAGGAAUUUAACUUGCGGAACACAGUAUUAUGGUGGUACUUAAAUUGAUAUUUUGUGUCAUUUUUCAGUAUACAGGCCAGAUGAAACAAGUAUAAUUGCAUAAUAAUAACUGGUAUUAAUUAGAAUAAAGAAUUCCAUUUCAGGUCCUGUCUGCAAUUACGUUGUGGAUCAAUGCGCACAUUAAACCUGACAUUGUAGAACAUCUUAUUAUAUCAAAGUUGCUUUGCAUAUUAACAAGAUUACUCUUGCGCAGUAGCCUAAUGGUGCAAAGUUUUCCAGCUUGAAUAAAAUUGAACGGCUCACUCGCAACGUGAUAUCAGACACAAUUGUCAUAUGUCAUGUCUGCGACUGAAUUUAUAGCAUUCAUUAAGUUGUGUAUUACCUUGGAAGGCUACAGUCUUCCUGCAGCGUGUCACAUUUCUAUGAAAUUUCACAGCCAGACAUAGGUUAUACACUGCGCAAGCCCAAGAGAGUCAUCCCACGGAUGCUUUUAGCGAUAAUUAGAUUUCAUUCCAGUCGGAUGAAAAUUCACAGUUCUGACCGGAUCAACACUUCGUCUGCCUUAAUGAAUCGAUGUUUCUUUCCCAGCGACAGCCCCGCGUUAGCAGUCAGCCAGAGGCGCUUUUAGGCCGGCCUGUUGCUCCUCGGGGCUGCCUGAGAUGAUAGUACUCAGCCAUAACAGCUCUUGCCCCCUCUCAGCGACGUAAACGCAAUUCGUUAUGAGAAUAAAAUUUGCGUCCUUUCCAUUUCAACUUCCGCGCUCCCCUCAAAACCGCCUUCGGCGCUCGUGACAUAAAAGUGCAGGCAAAGUGCAUGGUGGGCGAUCGUUUUGUAAAAAUAUAUAAUUGUCCUGUUAUACUUCUCUAACAAAGGUUAAGCUAGUUUCUCAUCCUUUAAGCCAUUAUCUCUGUCAGCCUCUCAAUAAAGUUCAAGAUCGCUGGUGGAUCUUACAGUUAUCAGACUCCUGGUACACUUGCUUCUGCAGAGAAAUCGAUCCCAAGUGAAACCAAUAAGCGGAGGACCUGCUUCGAGGGUUAAAGGUUAUAUUUUUUCCAAAAGUAUCACUGAUAGUGCUCUUGGUCGGCAACUGGAAUACUACAAGUUAUAAAUGCAAUAUAUGCAAUUAAAGGACUAACGAUGUUACGCCUUCUUGAAUUUCAAGUUCAUAUUUUUAUGGCUAAAUGUUUGUUACUACAUUAUGUUUAUUGACCAUGAGCAACAUUUAAAAUUAUAGGAGAAUUAUAUUUGUGCAUAGCCUAUGUAACGUCAGCUCUCAAACAAAGUUCACCAGGGGGAACUGGUGUUUAAAGCAAGGAGUGACACUAAUUAAAAUGUACCUCGGAGGCAUGAUUGAUUAUUAUUUUCAUAAUUAAUGUCAAGGACUCAAUUUACGCCAUCCCGUGUUGGAGAGGUCUAUAAGUGCUAAUUGUAAAAUGUUUUUAAAAAGUAUCUGAUGGUUGUGUCGUACAUUACAAUCUUUCAUUUAUCACAUAGCCUGAGAGAAGUUUUUGAAGCGGGACAUUCCUUAAAUUGAUGGGGAAUGCGUAGGCACAGAGAAUGGUUUAAAUUAUUUCUCAGAGGACCUCUUUGAAUUUUAUUUUAAUGAACCGAUAUUUUUAUUGAGACAAUUAAUGUUUGAACGUAUUGGUUUGUCACGUAUUUCUGAUAGAGAAAUAAUAAUAUGUUAUUUCCUCCGCGCCGGUGCGAAAACAGUGAAAGUAUACUGACUGUGGACGAAGAAGGUCUCGGCUGUCGUGUUUAUACAGGCUUGCGUGGGCUCAGACAGCACGUUUCUAUCUAAUUAAUUGUGCAUUUUCAUGAGUUUUGACUCUCCUGGCCGGCGCACCACCAAUCCCACUAUCAAUAUUAAUCAUAUUUACAGACAAGCAUGAGGAUUUCAAGGGAGCUUUUUCAAUGCAUCUGUUUAAAAUGUCUGCUUUGAAUUUUAAACUCCUUCAGAAACCACUUGAUGCACUGGGCUCAGUAAAUAUAAGCAGACGGAAACUGCACUCCCGUCGAAAACACAAUUAAGAGAGAGACAGCGAGAGAGAAAGCGCGAUUGAGCGAGAGAGAGAGAGCGAGAUUGAGAUUGAGAGAGAGAGAGAGAGAGAGAGAGAGAGAAAAAGAACACAGCUGAAUGCGCACGCAGGACUCGGAGCGCUAAUUACGUACGGAGCGCUGCGGCGUCUGCUGCCUAAUCCUCUGUGCUGUUAUUGUCUGAAGACGGGCAUGUGUAGGCUGCAUAUUAAUGGCAGCAGCGGUGGAGGACCGGGGGCCAACUGGAGCAUCUCACCCGAGAAGAGACUACAAACAGAUCAUCAAAGCAAGUCUAAUCUAAGGAAGCCCUUUAUCUAUAGACUCUGCUUCUUACGUGCAGGCAGGCACGGCGGUGCUGUACUUUACUUUGAAAAAGAUCAGCGCUUCAAAACUCCAGUCCUGGAGGACCUGCGCGUCCGCGCUGCUCAGGUGUCACGGCGACAGCGUCAGAGAGCCGGGCCGAGGCCAGCUAACAUGCACGCGGGCGGCCAGCGCUGGAUCCGGAAGGGGCCGAAGACAGACCGUCCGAGGAACGGGAGGAAGAUGCUCGACCCCUAAGGACGAAGCCCCUGGAAGCCAGACAGCAGCCGCAGACGAUCUCGCCAUGGACGCCUUUCUCUGCGGAGGCUUCCGGUCCCGUUCAGUAGAGCACGCGCCCUAGAGCAUCAUGGGACCGGGCGGGCCUUGAGCAGCGGGCAGACACGCUAACGGACGGGCCGUCGGGAUGCGGACGCAGCGCGGGAGGGGCGGCUGAAGGAUGUAGCGGGGGGGGGGGGCCGCGCCAGCAGCUGAGUGUCCCGCGAAUUCACGCCGAGACCGCCAACAUGGAGACGGGCGCGCCGUUCCCCGUCGAGGUCUACGAGAACGGCACCGACCGGCACAACGCCACCGCCGCCUGCAACGCCACGGCCGACGCCGCCGGGAGCGCGGACGCCUACGCCGUCGGCCUCUUCCUCUCCUGCCUCUACACCAUCCUCCUCUUCCCCAUCGGCUUCAUCGGCAACAUCCUCAUCCUGGUGGUCAACUUCAACCACCGGGAGAAGAUGACCAUCCCGGACCUGUACUUCGUCAACCUGGCCGUGGCCGACCUCAUCCUGGUGGCCGACUCCCUGAUCGAGGUCUUCAACCUGAGCGAGAAGUACUACGACAUCGCCGCCCUCUGCACCUUCAUGUCCCUCUUCCUCCAGGUCAACAUGUACAGCAGCAUCUUCUUCCUCACCUGGAUGAGCUUCGACCGCUACGUGGCGCUGGCGGGCUCGGUGAGCAGCGGCCCGCCCCGCUCCAUGCAGCGGGCCAAGCUCAGCUGCGCCCUCAUCUGGGCGGCCUCCAUCCUGGCCACCCUGCUGCCCUUCAGCAUCGUGCAGACCCAGCACACCGGCGAGGUCCACUUCUGCUUCGCCAACGUCCCGGAGAUCCAGUGGCUGGAGGUGACCAUCGGCUUCGUGGUGCCCUUCUCGGUCAUCGGCCUGUGCUACUCGCUGAUCGUGCGCGUCCUCAUGCGGGCGCAGAAGCACCGGGGCCUGUGGCCGCGGCGGCAGAAGGCCCUGCGCAUGAUCGUGGUGGUGGUGCUGGUCUUCUUCAUCUGCUGGCUGCCCGAGAACGUCUUCAUCAGCAUCCAGCUGCUGCAGGGCGCUGGCGACCCCGCCGGCCAGAGCGCCAGCACGCUCUGGCACGACCACCCGCUCGCCGGCCACGUGGUCAACCUGGCCGCCUUCUCCAACAGCUGCCUCAACCCCAUCAUCUACAGCUUCCUGGGCGAGACCUUCCGGGACAAGCUGCGGCUCUUCCUGAAGAAGAAGGUGGGCUGGCCCGUCAUCUACCGCUUCUGCCACCACACGCUGGACCUGCGCAUCCCCGACCGCAGCGACGUGUCCGAAGUUUGAGGGGGCCCCUUUCGGAAACACAACUGCGGGGCCCCUUCCGAAACCCCGCUGAGGGGCCCCUUCGGAAACCCCGCUGAGGGGCCCCUUCGGGAAACCGCGCAGAGGGGCCCUGACGCGCAGACCUCUAUCGCGCGGGGUCGAAACCGCACUCAGGAAGAACCGAGGAGGGGAGUCGGAGUGGGAGUGGGGGGGGACGGGGGGGGACGAAAACAGCCUCAGCCGACCGCGACCGGUCUUAAUUGAGAUUGGCUUAAUCUCCGGCGCGGCUUAAGGAAUUAGGCUCUUCGUGAGCGGCUGGCCUGCGAGCUGAAUGGGACGGAACCACCGGAGGGACGCCAGGGUUUAACUGUCCUUAGCCAGCGCAGCGGAAGCUAACUGUUUUCUUUUUCUAUAUUUAAAUAAUGUCAGAAUGAAACUCUUGAGCUGAGCACGUCGUUCUCAGACUAAAAAAAAAAAACUUUCGGAACACUGUAGACCGUGGAAAGAAAAGGUAGGAUAGACAGUUUUGUCUGACUUUCUGCUGUCCUGUGGCUUUGCGGGAUUGUUUAGUGAACUGCUUUUACAGGGAUGCAAAAACAUAUCAAGUGGACUUAAGCUAGCUCCUUGCACCAAAUACAGGACAGGGAGCUCAGAGACCCUGUGAUUGGGGAACAAAUCAAAAGCUAACGCAGAACUGGUGGCUAUCACAAUAACAUUGUACUGUACAGGUGACCAUGAGCAAUGUACUAUAAGACAAAUCUAUUUAAAGAUGUACAUAGUUAUUGCAAAGGUACCCAUACAUAUCUACCAACUUAUUUUCAAAACAAUAAAACCUGUACCUUUUAAGAUAUAUGAUAUAUAGUACAUAUAUAAUUUAUUGACAGUAUCUGAAAAAUACGGGACAAGCCAGGUUCCUCCUGGGUAAAAAAAUAACAUUGUUUUAUUACCUGUUUUAUUUUUUCUACUGUCUAACAGUGAUUCAACAGAGGUAGUAGCACUGCACUGCACAGACAGUACAUUUGGUUGACGUGGACCAAACUUACUGUAAUAAACUGUCGGUUUCUUUUUGAUUGUCAAACUAAAUUUCUGAAUCACCAAGUGGAUUGGCUGCUGUAGCCAUUUAUGGUCAGUUAAGCAAUGAUUCCCUCUGGUCACGAUAUGAAACUGUUUCUCGUGUUUCUCAUUCCGAGUCUGACGUCUCCCAACAGAAACCAAGCUGGAAGAACAUUCUAGUGUAAUUUCUGUGUGUAGCUGUGGAAUUGCAAAAUGCCACAUAUAGCUCAUCUGAGUGAAUCAGGAAUGCUUUGGCAAUGGUCACCAAGGGUGAGUGUCAUAUGCUUGGCCUGAAAAAAAGCCGCUGGUCAAAAUAAAAGGAAACAGAAUGUUGACAAAAAAAAGCACUUGGUUCUGAAGGGAUCCAUUUCAGUUCAUUUCCGUCAUUCCCAACGUCACGACUUUGCGUAAGCAAUGAGAAGUGCUGCUUUUAGUUUGGAGAGUUUUUAGAUCUGAAUCUGAAGCUGGACAGUGUGAAAUGCAGCGCUUAUCUGACCAUGUGCUAGCUGGAUGUCCAGAUUGCAGUUUUAGUGGAAGGCGAGCAUCUAAACUUCCGAUGGCCCUCGUGUCAGCUCAAACGGAAGACCGUGCUGAGGAGCAGGUGGGAUGGAAAGCGGUCGAAGAAGUGAAUCGCAUUAUUCAUUGAGACUUGGAGGGCUCAGAAUCAAUCAGGUACCUGUCCAGCCCUGUCCACUCUGAUUUAUUACUGCCGUCAACAGUAUUUCUUGUCAUCUUCCUCACAAGUUUAUCUAUCCCCAUAAUUCAAACAGAAUUUCUAGCAAUCUUCCCAACAAGUUCAUUU